UAACAGGAGGAAAACGGAGGCGCAAAGCGUCAAGUUGAAAGGUGAUGUGUUGUCAAGAUGUCGGGCCAUGAUCAACUGGUCCAUUGCUUGUGUGAAUUAACGACGUUGCUGUGGAAGCUGCUGCUGCCCCUGGUGUUCCUGUGUGUGCUGCUGAUCGCCGUCCUGGUCCUGCUGGUGCUGGCGGUGCGGGUCUGGCUGCAGAGCAACAGGAAUAUUCGGCGGGCGAGAGACGGCCGUCCAACGGUGGCCUUCUUCCACCCCUACUGCAAUGCCGGUGGUGGAGGAGAGAGGGUGCUCUGGUGUGCCAUCAGGGCACUUCAGAACAGGUAUGCAGACAUCAACUUUGUGGUCUACACAGGGGACCUAGGUGUGACGGGUCAGCAGAUUCUGGAUGGAGCGCGACGUCGUUUCAACAUCGCCCUCCCGCGGCCGGUUCACUUUGUGUUCCUGAGGCACCGGCUGCUUGUGGAGCCCGGCCUGUUUCCUCACUUCACCCUGCUGGGACAGAGUGUGGGCUCCAUUUUCCUGGGGUGGGAGGCACUGACGGAGUUUGUCCCAGACCUUUAUAUCGACUCCAUGGGCUACGCCUUCACUCUGCCCCUGUUCCGUUACUUGGGAGGCUGCAGCGUGGGGAGCUAUGUUCACUACCCCACCAUCAGCACUGAAAUGCUGUCAGUAGUGAGAGAGAGGAACCCCAGGUUCAACAACCCAGACUACGUCUCUAACAGUCUGUUCCUAAGUGCCUUCAAGGUGGUCUACUACUGCCUGUUUGCCCUGCUCUACGGCAUGGCCGGCUCCUGCAGCGACCUCAUCAUGGUCAACUCCUCCUGGACCCUCAAUCAUAUCCUGUCACUGUGGCGCGCUCCUAACCGCACCAGCGUGGUCUACCCGCCGUGCGACGUCAGCGCCUUUGUGGAUAUCCCGCUGGAAGAGGACGGGGACAAGAAGUGCCACUCGAUCGUUUCCAUCGGGCAGUUCAGGCCGGAGAAGGACCACCGGCUGCAGAUCAGAGCUUUCAAGAAGGUGGUGGACAGGAGGGGGGCGGCUGCGGGGGGCAGGGAGGCACUGAAACUGGUUCUGAUUGGCGGAUGCAGGAACCAGGAGGAUGAGGAUAGGGUGCUCAUGUUGAGGGGGUUGUGCCAGGAGCUGGGUGUAGCUGACAAGGUGGAGUUUAAACUGAACAUACCAUUUGAGGAGCUGAAGAGAGAGAUGGAGGAGGCCACCAUCGGACUGCAUACCAUGUGGAACGAACACUUCGGGAUAGGCGUUGUGGAGUGUAUGGCAGCAGGAAAGGUCAUUCUGGCCCACAACUCUGGCGGCCCCAAGCUGGACAUCGUGGUACCCUUCGAGGGGGGCCAGACAGGCUUCCUGGCUGAUGACGAGGACAGUUACGCGGAGGCGGUGGAGAGGAUCCUGGCUCUGCCCUCUGCCAGCCGGCUGCAGCUCAGACGCAACGCCCGUCAGUCGGUGGCUCGCUUCUCAGAUCAGGAGUUUGAAGCCUGCUUCCUCGCUGCGAUGGAGCCUCUGAUGGGAACACUCGAGCGAUGAGAAGAGGACCCAUUCUUUAUGUGUUUGUGUGUGUAUAGUUAACGUGAUAUUUGACACCUUUUCUUUGAUGCCCUUAGGGCUGCAUUAACACUGUAGGACUGGUGACAAAAUCUGAUUAGAAGGGGUGCAAGGAUCACUCGCAUGCUCACACAAAGGGCUGUUGAAGUGACAUGCUGACAACAACACGUGCUGAGAUUGUGAAUACAGUUCUUGGGUCACCAAUCAAAGCACAGAGUAUCAGGAUUUGUCCGAAAAGCAGAACGGAGGCAGCAUACAUCGAAUUCAGAGAAACUCACAAUUCAAAAAUAUAUUAUUACCACAAACAAGUAAGGGAUGUUCUGAGGAAAUUAUUUUUUUCCUUUUUACUGAACUGAAAUCAAGGAUUUAAAUUAUUCUUAUUAAAGCUCUGUAUCAAAUAAAUGUAUUUUUAAGGUGAAUACAAAUCAUCCAGCUAUGGUAUAGCCUGUCGUUCUGUUAGUGUUGUAUUUGUAAAUACCAGAUUAUCCUGUGAAAUGAAUUAUACCUCUUACUGUGUUUUUACAGGAGAAAUUCCUUUGUCAGCAGUUCCACUUUGUAAAAAAUAGAUUAUAAAGAGAGAAUAUUUAAUAUAGUGAAAAAAUGGGAACAAAUUAGUCUUUUGGACAUUUAAAUAGUGUUUACAAGAGCUAGAAAAUCUCUACAAGCCCAAAAUGUGAAGUAUUUUUGAUACUGAUGAUGAAUGUAAUAAAAAUCUGAUAAGAGUUAAAGGUCGUUGCAUUCAUGUAACUGUUUAAAGAAAGACAGUGUAUCACUGUGCUUGUAAAUAAACUGUAAUCUGGAUUAGAGGAUCAAAAAUUACAGCCAAGAACUUUUCGUAUUCUGCUCCAUUUGAUUUGGCUCACAGUAGCAAAUGAUUAAAACCUGAUGUUGAAAUGAGCUGUGACACAGGGAGGUCAGUGAUCUGUCCAGAGGAACGAGACCAAAAACAGAUGAGCAGAGCUGGGACAAAGACCAGAACGGCUUCAUGGAAAAACACUUCUCUGAUUUUUAUUGCUUCAUGUAAGGCCGCUUGUUUUGUGUGUUGGUGGUGGCUCCAGUGACCUAACAUACCUAACAAGCCGGGUAUAGUCAUCAUCUUUUAAUGAAAACUGGAUUGCUGGUGACUCCAGUGAUGGAGAGCCCGCUGUGAGCCCCAGUUUGAUAGAAAAGAGUAAAAUCUGCAAUUACAUUUUAUUUAUUGAUUUACAACUGUGCUCCCUGGCAGCACAUUAAACAACAAAAUACUUUUUUUUUUUAAUGGCCUAAAGCUCCUUAAGAAGCUGCUGACUGAAUUUGAAUUUAACCUAUUGAUAAAAGUCACAUAUUAAAAACCCCUGAAAACUUAAUUCUUAAGUAUCAUUAAAUGUUGAAGACAAAAUAAGCAACAAACAAAGAUCAAUAGUGCUGAACAAAGGUUAAGUAAGAGCUAUUGCGUGAAAAAGUUAGA